ACACAAUCCUGUGUAAAUGAACAAGCUAUGGUAGAAAUCAGUAGAAAUCGUGCGUCAUUUAUAGGAUAUGUCGAGGUAUCAUUUAGUAUGGAUUAAUAAUGUAAUAUUCUCCCGGAAUUGUUAUUAUACAACAAACCCUGUUAUUGAAUGAUAAGAUUGGUUAACAUAAGCGACGGAUGAGAUUAUUUGCCUCAUGGAGAUUAAACAAUUUUUUCAUCGAUCUGGAAGUAUUUGAAUAUUGAUAGUAUUGAGAAUUCUUUUUGUUUUGAUGGAAUAAUGGAUACUAUGGAGGACGAACGUUCUGAACAUUGGAUCUGUGAUGGGGAACUUGGUUCUGGAAGCUUCGGUACAGUAGAACUCUGGAGAAGCAAAAGUUCAGGCCGUAUAGUCGCUGUGAAAAGGUGUAAGUUGGAUAACAAACAGUUGACCGAGAAGCAGAAGGAAAGAUGGAUCAACGAAGUAAAAAUAAUGAACAUUUUACGACAUCCAAAUAUCGUAGGAACAGAAUAUGUGUCACGGUUUGUGAGAAAUAUGAGCACUGGUUUACCAGUACUGUGUAUGGAGUACUGCUGUAAAGGGGAUCUCAGAAAAUUGCUGCUUAAAACUGAAAACUGUUGUGGCAUUCCAGAAAAUGAAGUACUCAGGAUAAUGAAACAUGUAUCAUCCGCUGUCGAAUAUUUGCAUUCCCAUUCAAUUACACACCGUGAUUUAAAACCAGAAAACAUUGUCUUACAAUGGCAGAACGAUAUAACGAGUUAUAAGUUGAUCGAUCUUGGGUAUGCUAAAGAACUCGGUGAAAGGAGCCAGUGUGCUUCAGUGGUUGGUACAUUGAGUUAUUUGGCACCAGAAUUAUUUUGGGAUGAUAAGUACAGUUGUUCGGUUGACUAUUGGAGCUUAGGUAUUCUUUUCUAUGAGAUUGUCACAGGAACAAGACCAUUUUUUCCAAAUGCUCAAAUAAAUCUGAAAAGGAUGAAGUAUGUUCAAAACAAGGUAUACAAUGAAAUUUGUGCUCGUGAGGUGAAUGACCAAGUAGUCUUUGGUACAAGUAUUGAAAGUCUUUCCACAUUGUCUCCAUGUAUCAGUAGCAAAAUGGUCGACUGGUUUAGAUUAGUUUUACAAUGGGAUAAGAAAAAUCGCGGGAGAAUGAAUGGAAAUCUAGUAGUUUUCAAAAUGCUACAAGAGAUCCUGUGUAAGAAGAUUCUUCAAAUCUUCAUUGUUCCUCGAUAUUCCCACUGCUCAUAUGCAUUGGAUCAGGAAAGUACUGUUAGAACUUUACAGAACUUAAUACAGGAAAAUAUCAGAAUCCCUGUUGGCAAGCAGUUACUAACCGAUUCCUAUGGGAGAAUACUAAACGAAAAUGAACUUGUAUUUAAUUUGGAUGAUUCACUACUAUUUCUUUUUAAAAGUGGCAGUGUUGAAAUUGAAGAUGUGCCAGCAGUCGUAGCUUCGGAAUACAUCCAACCACUGCUUGAAAAAUCUGCAGUAAAAUUAGACUACUAUACAGUAAAAGACUACUACAGAGCUGCAAUAUUUUGUAUAAAGCAAGAAGUCACUCUUUUUGAAAAUUAUAUCAUUGCAAUAAGUAUAAAAAUAGAUUUGAUAAAUGGGAGGUGUAAAGUAUUGAAUGAAAAUAUUGAAAAGGCUAUAUCGGAUACGAAGUCAGUAAUGACGAUGGCCGAUAACCUGUUGAAGAACGAUAAAACAAUGGAGCAGAAAGAAGAUUAUAUGAAUUUGAUUGCAAAAAUGAAAAAACUUGAUAAUGCAACUAGUCAAGUGAAAAGCAAGUCGAACGAUUUGAUACUACAGAAUACGAAUUUAAGAGAGUUUUGCGAAAUUCCUUGGAUGGCUACUUAUUCAGCUUUGUAUGAUGAAGCUGUGAAGUCUUAUGAAACCUUCAUGAAUAAUGAGCGACGUAGCACCUAUCCUGCACGAAUGGCCCAGCACGUAUAUCAACUUUUUACGCUUCGGGAGAAAAAUAUUCGAGAUCCAAAAAUAAUCAAAAUUACAAGGCAAAUUUGGCAAAUGGAAAACGAAGUUAUGAGGUUAGAACAGUUUCUGAAAUCCGUUAAGGUUUUAAUGCCUAUAUAUAGCCAAGAAUUCCGAAAUUAUGAAUGGAAAAGUCGACGGGAUUUGGAACAAUCAUCGCAUAAUGCUGGGAUUAACCCUGAUUCAUUCGCUUCUAAUUUCAAGAAAUCUUCAGAUUUAUGCAAUGAUGUGAUACACGACAAUGUAGUGCUUCGUUUUUUAAUUAAUGACUACUUGUCAUCGAUGCAAGGAACCUACAAGGAGAUAGUAAACCUUAAUCCUUAAAAUAAUCUUUGGUCCGAUGAAAGCAACCAAAGGACUAUCCCGGUUCAAGACAGAAUAACCGAGUUAAAUACAAGGUUUUACAAAAAGACCACUGGAAGAAUCAUGAAUAUACCAAGACGAUGAGUCAGUGCUGCUCGCAGGAUUUGGUUAAUCGAACCACAAGAAUUUCCAACGGAAUGUUUUUAAUAUGUUCUUUGAUCUUAAUCUUAAAAUGGUCUGAAAUGUGACGUUACAAGUUAGCAGUGAUUAAAAAACAUUGUAAUUACGACUGUUAAGUUUAGAGUUGAUACUUUUCUUACAAAUGAGAUUUAUACAGUUACACAUUAUAUUUUUAUCUUAUUACAAAUCUUAUGAAAGUUCGUUGUACCUUAUGUCUUCAGGAAUUAAUUGUUAAUUAAACUAAUGAUACAUAUGA